AUGGGCUUCAGCAUCACGCACUUGCUGCAUGGCUUGGUUUUUAAAAUGGGAAAAGAGCUGUACGUUUCUGAGCGAGAGGGCAAUGAUUCCACUGGUGAUGGGACCCAAAAGAAACCGUUCAAGACUGUUCUAAAGGCUUUAAUGACAGCAGGAAAGGAACCGUUUCCUACUAUUUAUGUGGAUUCGCAAAAAGAAAAUGAGAGGUGGGCCCUCAUUUCAAAGUCACAGAUGAAGAAUGUCAAAAAACUGUGGCACAGGGAACAAAUGAAGAACGAAGCUAAGGAGAAGAAGGAGGCAGAAGAUCUCUUGAGAAGAGAGAAGAACCUGGAGGAAGCUAAGAAAGUGGUGAUCAAGAACGAUCCUAGCCUUCCAGAGCCAAAAUGCGUAAAGAUUGAUGCUCUGGAGGCUUACAGGGGCCAGAGGGUGAAGAUUUUUGGCUGGAUUCACAGAUUACGGAGGCAAGGAAAAAACUUGAUGUUCGUUGUUCUGAGAGAUGGCACAGGUUUUCUUCAGUGUGUCCUUUCAGAUGAACUGUGUCAGUGUUACAACGGGCUGGUUCUCUCCACGGAGAGCAGUGUUGCAGUGUACGGUACGCUGAACCUUGUUCCUGAAGGCAAGCAGGCUCCAGGAGGCCACGAGCUGAACUGUGACUACUGGGAGCUUAUUGGGCUGGCCCCAGCAGGAGGGGCUGACAAUCUCCUCAAUGAGGAUUCGGAGGUUGAUGUGCAGCUCAACAACAGGCACAUGAUGAUUCGAGGCGAGAACAUGUCUAAAAUCUUCAAGGUGCGCUCCGUGGUAGUGCAGGCCUUCAGGGAUCAUUUCUUUGCCAAUGGAUAUUACGAAGUCACACCACCAACUUUAGUCCAGACACAGGUGGAAGGAGGCUCAACCCUAUUCAAACUGGAUUAUUUUGGUGAAGAGGCAUACCUAACACAGUCAUCCCAGCUCUACCUGGAGACCUGCAUUCCAGCCUUAGGAGAUGUUUUCUGCGUUGCUCAGUCGUACAGAGCUGAGCAAUCCAGGACCCGCAGACACUUGGCAGAAUACACUCACAUUGAAGCUGAAUGUCCUUUUAUAACUUUUGAGAAUUUGUUGGACCGUCUGGAGAACCUGGUUUGUGAUGUAGUGGACAGAGUCUUGAAAUCGCCUGCAUCAAGCUUACUGUACGACCUGAACCCGGGCUUCACGCCCCCGAAGCGUCCUUUCCGACGGAUGAACUACACCGAAGCCAUUGAGUGGUUAAAGGAACAUGAUGUGAAGAAGGAGGAUGGCACUUACUAUGAGUUUGGGGAAGAUAUUCCUGAAGCUCCUGAGAGACUGAUGACAGACACCAUUAAUGAGCCCAUCUUGCUGUGCCGCUUCCCUGCAGAGAUCAAGUCUUUCUACAUGCAGCGCUGUCAGGAUGACUCCCGCCUCACUGAGUCUGUUGAUGUGUUGAUGCCCAAUGUUGGUGAGAUUGUUGGAGGCUCCAUGCGUAUCUGGGACAGCGAGGAGCUACUCGAAGGCUAUAAGAGGGAGGGCAUUGAUCCCACGCCGUACUACUGGUAUACCGAUCAGAGGAAAUACGGCACAUGUCCCCACGGUGGAUAUGGUCUGGGGUUGGAACGGUUCCUAACCUGGAUUCUGAACAGACACCACAUCCGAGAUGUCUGUCUCUAUCCGCGCUUUGUCCAGCGCUGCAAACCUUAACCGUCCUGUGACAGACUCCUGGGAAACUGAGCAAGUGAUGCUUGGAAAAGAACCAUACACUGCUACACUACAGCCUGUCUGAGACCAGAUUGACUGCAGCCUGUUGCUAAUACAAAUACU